AUGCGUGGCAGUAAGGAAGAUAUUAGAGGGAGCUCCUCUAAUGUAUCGAUAGACGGGCAAGCACAUGCUCCGGAGUAUGCCGUUGUGGAAGAUCGGAUACCUCUGCAUGGAAACCACAAUGGAAAGAGUGGAGACAUUACAACUGGAAAGACUACAGCUAGAGCUUCUGGAACUGAGCCUGAAUAUGCUGUUCCGUCCACCACUAGUGGAGCGGGAAGGAAUGCUGCACAUAGGACACACCAAGACAAGACGGUGCUGGGUCAAAGAUCUCGCUAUAAUGCAAAUGGUCCCGCGCACGAAUAUGCCAUCCUGGAAGACCCGUCUACCAUCCAUGAUAAAAACAUGACUCCCUCAGUACCACCUCAGAAACCAUUUCACCAGCCCCAACUUCCUGAAGCUCCGGUUCCAGUAGUAAAGAUUGUGGUACAAGACGACAAUGGGCAGGAAACACCAAUAGAAGAGUCUUUAACUUCCACCCAUUAG